CGACUCGACGCCCGCGUCGAUUUACCCAUCAUACUGUAUUUCGCUCCAGUCUUGGUCGGCACUCCGAGCUUUCGAUAGAGUAUACGCGUCACAAAACGCCACGAAGCGCACCACCUGUUACCCGUAAAUAAAUAAAUAAAUAAAUAAAUAAAUAAAUAAACAGAUAAACACGUUUAUGCAUACCUACGCAUAAGUUCGAAGAAAUUUUUAACAUUCGUUUUCCUUCCACUUCAAACUUCGCGAGAUAAUUUACCGGAAAAUAAACAAAUCCGAUCGGCAAACGGUUUCAUAAUAUUUCUGUAAUUAACGAAUACGUUACAACAGAGAAGAAGAAGAAGAAGAAGAAGAAACGAAGGAACGAAAAAAAAAAAAAAAAAUCGAUGAUGAUGUAGAACGAAAUAAGACAAAUUAUCGAAUUUCUUACGGCUAAUUUUUCAUUCCUCUGCUUUUAUAGUCUCGUUUUUUAGUCUACAUUUUCCAUCGGUUUGUACAACGUUGUUGUUUCCUUUACCAACACAUCUGCGGUGGAUGUUUUCGGCGGUGGUGGAUAAAAGAGAAGAAAAAAAAGAAAAAAGAAAAAAAAAAAGACACCAGAAAAAGAAAGAAACUUCAGAAUUAAUAAUUGUACGUUACUACACCGCAAAGGUUUGGCAAAAAUUUGACUCGUCGCGUUAAAAUUGAUUUCAAAAACGUGUAAAAAUCAAACCCCAGAGUCGCGUAUAUCAUAAGAUUUAUUUACCAACUGAAAUUAUAAUAAAAGUGUAAUAAUUGUUGUUUUGUUUAAUCGAUUAUUCGCCGAAAUAUCUCUAAUAUCACGGUUGUAUAAUAACAAAGUUAACAUAUUGUGUAAACCCGCAAGUUUCCCGGCGCCUCAAAAAUCGACGUUCGUUUUUUCCGCGUCGAUUUUGCAACGGUUUCUUAUUUUAAUUUGAAAAAAAAAAAGUUUUUUUUUUUUUCCCGCUUCGAGAAUCGAGAAAAAGAAUUGUAAGCAGAAAGAAAAGUAAUGGGAGAAUAUGAUAAUAAGUCAUCCUGAGACAUAUGAUUCCAAAAACGAUAUAAAAAGCAACAAGUCGAUUGAAGAUAAGAAGGGAAGGAAAAAAAAAAAAAAGGGAAAAGGAAAAGGAAAUGAACAAAUUUCAGGCAAAGUUGCCGAUCGUCUAAUUUAUACAGACAUCGGGCGUCUUACGUACGUCUCAUCGUUAUUCGAAUCGCGUGAACAAAUAACCGUCAACGAAUUAAAUUCGCGAAAGGGAUUAUUCUCGAAAACAAUUUAUAUCUCAUUCCCGUUUAACAACUAAUUUACACAAAAAUACAAAAGCAUGUCGCCGCGAAACGGAUCCUGCAUGGCGGAGAUAAGCUCGGUGAGAAGUCUCUCCUCGGAGGACGUUUCCGGGGCGAAAGGAAGUCGUCGUAAGUCGUGCUGGGCGCGAACAACGGAUCCGACCCAUCGGCGAGGUCGGCGAAUCCAGCUGCUGCAGAUGCUGGUUCUGCCCUUCAUCCCGAUCCUAGCGCUGAUCGUACAGACGGCGAUCACCCUCCACGACAUUCUGAUAUACAGGCAAGAAGUCUCGGAUAUCGAGACGCAGGUUACGAUAGCCACCGACCUGGGAAAAGUUGUGACAAGGAUGCAGCUUGAAAGAUCAGAAGUAGCUUUCUUCAUUUACACUAACGGAAAUACGCUGAGGUCGAAUUUGACCCAAAGAUUUGCGGUAACGGAUCGAGCCCUCCACAACAUGACAACAUGGCCUCUAGUUUCGGUGCCUCGAGACGAGACCAAGACCCAAAAAUACGAUGUAGUUAACAAGGAAGCAUUUCAGGAACGGCUCAACGAUUUCAGGGAAAAAAUCAGCUCCGAAGAGAGCAGCAUAUCCGAAGUUAUGGCCUGGUACACGAGUGUAAACGCGGCUAUGCUAGAUCACCUGACUAACCAGAUAAAAGAGACCGACAACAGCGGAGUGUGGAGGUAUCUGAUAUCUUUCAAGAAUCUUCUUCGAAGCAUCGAGAGUCUGGGAAUCGCUUCGGUAUACGGAAUAAAUUACUUUGGACGAGGAAUACUGACCGGCGACAGCUACGUAAGUUACGUACGCCACGAGGCGUUGGGAAGAGAUCUUUUGAACGGAUCGCUAACCUACGUACCGUCGUUGAAGAAAUUUUACGAUCACCUGACGCUCACGAUGCCUGAUUACGGAAAAAUUAAGUCCAGGAGGGAUGACAUUUUGGAAAAUCGAAAACGUCAGCCGAGCGUCGAUGACGCCAUAGCCUAUUUCGACUCCAUGGCCACUUACGUCGAUGAACUUAGAAAAUUACAACGCGAACUGCGUCGCAUGAUUAGGGAUUACGUGAACUCAAAUCUUCAGGACGCGAGUAACAAGGAAGUCGCCGGUAUCGCGAUCGUAGUUCUGGUUCUCGUCAUUUCACCAAUUAUAAUAAUACUCGUUCGAAACGCCGUCGCUACAAUUCAGAUGUACGCGGCCAAUUUAGCCCAGAAGGCACGAGAAUUGAAGAGGGAAAAGAGAAAGAGCGACACACUCCUAUUUCAAAUGCUACCCCCGAGUGUUGCUCAGCAGUUGAAGCAGACGCAACAGGUUCCCGCCGAAUAUUACGAGGCUGUGACAGUUUACUUCAGUGACAUCGUUGGAUUCACAGAAAUAGCAGCUGAAACCACGCCGCUCGAGGUAGUUACAUUUUUGAAUUCAAUCUACAAGCUCUUCGACGCGAGGAUCGAAUGCUACGACGUCUACAAGGUCGAAACGAUCGGUGACUCGUACAUGGUGGCCUCCGGACUUCCAGUGAAAAAUGGUAAAUGUGACAAGCACGUCUCCGAAAUCGCGACGAUGGCUUUGGACCUGUUAGCCGCAUCGACGGUCUUCCAAGUGCCCCGAAGACCCGGCGAACGUCUCCAAAUACGAAGCGGAGUCCACACCGGACCAGUCGUAGCCGGAAUAGUUGGAACUAAGAUGCCGCGUUAUUGCCUCUUCGGAGACACCGUGAACACCGCAAGUCGCAUGGAAUCUACCGGUGAAGCUCUACGCAUCCACAUCAGUCUCGAAAUGAAAAAGGCACUGGACGCCGUUGGCGGUUUCAGAAUCGAGCAUCGAGGUCUGGUCGACGUUAAGGGAAAGGGUCUGAUGGACACUUACUGGCUAGAGUGCAAGGACGGCGGAAUAGCGAGAGCGGCCGAGCUGGACCUGCCGUCAUUCUUCGAGGAUGUGAGACCAGUUUUCAUGCGACGUCUACGAGAGGAAGACACACUCUGAU